AUGAUGAUGAUGAUGACAAUGAUGAUCAGUGAUGAUGAAAAUGAUGGUGAUGAUAAAAGUUAUUCCCUGUUGGUAGGACAUUCCUAUAAUAUACAGCUAUUUUGAGAAAGGUUGUCGGAAAAAAUGUGCAUGCGACAAUCCCGAGAGGCAAUAUGUGACAUGAUCAAUACACUGUUCCUGGCACUGUUGCUGUCAAAGCUACUUUUGUUGCUUUCCUUUAGCACUUGCAAACACACGUCCAUGGCCUCUUGUGCCAUUCUUUCAAAUUUCAUUGAAAAAACAGUGAACUCAAAAUCACCCACAAUACCUUUUGGGAUUGUUGUGUGCACUUUUUCCGACAACCUUUCUCGAAAUAGCUGUCUAUGUAUUCUAAUAAAUCACAGACGUUUGCUCUCCUGACCCCAGAAUUCUCAAGCCCAUUUGUUUGGCUUUACGGGUAUGUGUCUCUGUCUCACAGAUCUACUCUAGUAGUAACCGUUAUCCCACUGUUUUGACCUAACUUUGUGGUCCAUAACUGGAUUUAAAUUUUUCAGAUACGCUAUGAGGUAGGAUAUAGAACUAUGAAGCCCCACACCUUUCAUCGCUCAGGUACUGCUCCAUUGCCGACCAUUAACUUAGCUCAAGUCGGGGCAGAUAGAGAAAGAUCAUUUACAGAACCACAUCAGCCGUUAGUUCCUGAACCAUACCAGUCAAUUCCUGCUCAAGAUUUGCUUAAAGACAACUGUGGCUUCAGUGGCUGGAUUAGAAAAGAGGGCAACAGCUUUAAGACAUGUAAGGUUAAUUCAAACUUACAUUAUCAGAAUCUCCCUUAUUGUUAAUGAUUGAAAUGUGCUUAAAUAAAUCUGCUAAUGUCAUAGGUGACAAAUUACUCCUUAAUUUUAGCGCGAAAUUUCAGCGUUAAUUUGUAAUUUCACGUGUGAAAUUACAAAAUUGCCAUGGGAACCUUCCGUACGUCUCAGUUUCAAGAUUGCGACGAAGUUUUAAAAUGCCGUGAAUGAAGAUGUCAGGGCACAAAAAGACGCUUUAGAAAACCUGAGCACACAAGAGAAUGUCAAGAAGGAUUCUAACAGAUAUUUUGCCGAAAUAGUCUGAAAAAUUCUGAACUUUAGAAGCCAAAUUUAAGGUCUAAAGAUUUGAGAGAGUAGAGUUCUUGAUCGAUACGAUCCAGGAUAAACAUGUCAAAAAUCCAAGAAUGCUAAUGUAAUUCGUCACCCAUGAUAUUAAUAGGUAAUCAAAUGGUAUACUCGUGAAAUUAGGAAAAAUUUCACUUGCGUUUUGUCCAAAUCCUAAUAAUUUCCCUCACCUAACAGGUGACAUAUCGUACACCAAUUUCUUUUUUUAAAUAACUUAGUUUUUUAUUUUAAUACUUGACUAUUUAAACUAGCAGUGUUUUCAAAGGGCCAUGGGUUUCCUCAAGACCUCUUACACUCCGUCCAUUACUUAAAUUGAUUAUAGGGUGAAGUAGCUUAUUUAGUGAACACAAAAUUAUUCCUUGUUAACUCUCUUUAGUUUACUUUUUACUUUUUUUGCAUUUGUUUCUCAUAAUAUUAUACCUUUGCAGGGCAUGACAGAUAUACCAUUUUACACAAAGGUUGCCUGUACUAUUACAAAGAUGCUAAUGCAUCAUCAACUGCUGGCAAGUUCUCACUUGGUGGAUACAGGUAAAGUUUACAAUGAGAAAACAUGUAAUGUGACAUUGCAGCUAGAUACAGUGCACGCUUUCACUGACUCUACUGACCUUCAAGAUUUUCAAUCAGCAAUAUGGGUGAAAUCUAUUGUUCCUUCUUUUAUGUAAAUUGUAGGCUGUCACCUGCUCCUGAGAGAAGCUCAAAAUAUGGGUGGACAUUUAAAUUAGCCCACAUACAACCAGAAAAGAGAACAUAUUACUUUGCAGCAUAUUCUGAAAGGGAAAUGAAUGUAAGUGAUAUCUUAGUAACCUGAACACAAGCAUUGAUUUGGUACAUUUUUUUGGGUAUGUGAACACUUUUGGCACUCAAGCUUAAAUGUUCUCUUGUUGAUGCUGACAGAGGAUGUACAAUUUAACCAACUCAAGUAUAAUAAUCAACUGAUGUGUCAUAACUUUUUCCAAUCCAAUAUUUCCUACCAGUUCUUGAAACCACGGUAUCUUUGCAGGACUCAUUUCCAAUAAUUGUUAUUGUUUGCGGAGCUUUGUGUGAGUCGAUACAGGGCAUUGUCAUAUAAACGUCCCGGAAAUAUUCUGUACAAAGCCAUUAUGUUUUUCUACCAGGAAUGGAUGGAGCAUAUAACUAAGGAGAUGGAAGACUACUGCGGUAAUGGAAAAAAAGACACGUAAGUCAUGAUUCAUUGUGAAUCAAACGCAUUCUGUCUAUUUAUUUGAUUUUGUGGAAAAAAGUUAAAAGCUUUAAUAUUAACUAAGGUAGUUGACCUCCAUUGUUAUUGCUGGGUAUGGCUUAUCUGUAAUGGGUGCUCGCUUAUCAUUUAUUAUUUUGACAGUAACUGCCAACCAACAUGUUUGACUGUUUAAUCAUGGUUCAAAGUGUCUAUUAAAAUGACACAAUCCUGUGUUGCCUAUCAAAUGAAAGAUUAUUCCCGUUCUUAUUUAGUAUAUGACUUAAUUAUUAUUUCUUUUAAUAUUUUUUUAUAAGAGAAUUUUUUUAUUUAGUAUAUGACUUAAUUAUUAUCAUUUUUUUUUAUUUAGUAUAUAACUUAAUUAUUAUUUCUUUUAAUAUUUUUUUAUAAGAGAAUUUUUUUUAUUAGCCAUUGAUGCAUUUAGCAAUAACACCCAGGCAAAAUAUUUUUCCACUAUUUUGACUUAGCAUCUUUAAACUAACACAGAACUGAAAAAACAGAGGUUGAGGAUGGACCUGAAUACUGCUAUCCAGAAGUAGAGCCAAAAUUUGACCCAGAAGAAAUUGCUGCUUUAUUUGGAAGACCAUCACCUAGCCUUCCGAGACGACGUGCAGAUUCGGGGCCAAUGUACUGCCCUCCCCCUGAAAUAGAUCAACGAGACAUUAAGAAAAGGCCACCGCACUUAUUACCCAGAACACAAACUGUGUUACCAUAUCACGUAUCUGAUACAGUACCAGUGGACAAUCCUUUGUCAUUAAAAUCAGUUAGGUCACGGCCACCAGGAGCAAGCCCUGUUUUACCAACAAAGGGUGCCCCUGCAGUACCAUCAAGGGUUACAAAGCCAGUGAUUGGAAAUCCUGCAGCGACAUCAGCCAAACCUUUGCCUAAACCUAAACCUAAACCUAAACCAUUGCCACGCCCACCAUCUCUUGAAAAGCGUGUUCCGCAACCCAUUCCAAACUACACGGAUGCUUUUGAAGGUAUGAUCCAAAUACCUAGUUUGUGGUUCUUUCAUUUUGUAAAUGUCAUUUUUUUGUGUACUAUCUUCAUGAUAGAACUUCUGUUAGUUACCAUUAAUACAGUUAUAAAAAAUAAUAAAAACGUUUUUUUUUGCUUUAACUGAUAGGCGAAGAUGACGAGGAAAUCAAUGAAGGUUACCUAGAUAUUGUUCCAGACACCACCCCAGAAGAUUUAUUUGAUGAAGAGAAAAAGUCGAGCCUUUCAAGGUCUGUCCAGUAAGGGACUUGUUAAGUUUACAUUAUUGUUCCUUUUCUAAUAGUGCACUAGAAAUGCAGCUUCUUUCCUCCUUAUAUCCCUGCAAACUCAAUCCUUUCUAUUAGCUGGGCCUUACACUGUCUGUGCCCCCCCCUCCCCUUCAUCAUUUCCUACCCCUUUAUCCUUCCCUUUCCUUUUCUCUCUGGCUUCCUACCUUUCUUCCUUUCCAAUUACUUCUUCACACACUCAAUUCCUCCUUUUCUCUUUGUUACCAUUCUUGAACCUUGCUUCCUUUGCCUUUGUCCUUUCGUAGUCUUUACUUUACAUUCUUUUUAAUUCCUUCUUCUUCAUUUGGAUCUCCUUUUCUUCUCCCCUUGUUUUAUACUUUUCCUUUAAUUUCUCAUUUUUCCCUCUCCUUCUUUCCCUUUCUUCCUUCCUUGCUUUUCCCCUUUCUUUCCUUUUUCUUUUCGUCUUACUUCCUUUUGUCUUACAGUGUAUAUCUCCCAUAGUACCUCCUUUUGUGAGUAAUUAAAAUUUAUUGUCUUACAUGUACAUCAUUUUUUGCCAUUGCAGAGGAUACCCAGAUGGAAAAAGUUUUCGGCAUCACAGCUCUGAGGUAAACAUGGUGUGAAAUAUAACUAUUUUUGUGCUGUUGACCUGCAGCACAUGACUGUGUUCAUUUAAACUGUGAGGGGUGUCACUACAUGUAACUGUUACAUUGGUGAAUUUAGUAUUUCAGCACAGUUACCUGAUGGCCUUGGGUCACAUUAUUACUGCUGUUAACAACAAUGAAAAUCGAUUUCUGUCUUUACUGGUAACGAGAGAUAGAGAAGCUGAAGUAUUGACUGCUAGCCUUUCAACAGAGCUAAUUCAAACAUCAGCUUCUCUAUCUCUCUUUGAUGGGCAACUUACAAUACACACCCAACAGCUGGGUUUGCAUUAACAAUAGCCGGUUACCCACAUAGCCCAGUCUACCAUCACCUAUGUGGCCUCUUACCACUGUCUGUUAUGGGAGGUUUUAGUGAAAAGAGGCCUCUUAUUUAGCCCUUUUCUUAAUCAAAGCCCACUAUUCCACCUUCGGCAGCUCUUUAUGGAAAAGGUUAUUGAAACCCCUACCCGGCAGGUCUUCUUGACUUGACCAUGUCUCUAGCUUUCGACAGCGUGUGUAGCCAAUGGACAGCACUUCUGUCAAGUAGACAGUGACGUAAAUCCCUCAAAUAUCCAUACUCUAUGGCCAGCUGAAUGAUGAAACGGUAAUUACUUUUAAAUUGUUCAUAAUUCUCCCUGGGACUUUUAUAGAAUGUGCUUCCAGACUCUGCUGUGAAACUGAACUUGGACAAGACAGCUGUUAGCGAGUAA